AUGGAAAAAAAAAUAAAAUUACAUAUUACUGUUAAAAUUGUUAAGUUUCUCCUUUUAACUUGGAUAUGGUAUUUUGAUAAUAACCUGAGUAUAUUUAGGAAAUCUCUGGAUGAGUACUGUUGCUCUAGUAAAAAAUUAGAUACAAGAUAUUAUCGAUCACUAGCAAAAUAUAAGCUUGAUAGUGGUUCAAAUAAUGUAUGUUUAAAAGGAACGUUUCCAAAUAAUAGACUAAAUGAAAAAAGGAAUAUAUAUGGUAAUGAAGAGGAAGGAAAAGGAAAGAAUGAAGAAUCCAAUAGAGGUUUAUUUAAUAAGGCGCAAUAUUAUACAGAAGUUAUAGACUACAAUAAAGGAAUAUUUGAUGGGAAACAUUUCCAUUUUGAAAGGAAGUGGAUAAAAAAAAAAGACUAUGAUUAUUUUCUUGAAAAACGCAGAAGAAUUUGUGACAUAGGAUUAAAAAAAGUAAAAUUUAGAAGUUACGGAUUUGGCGUUUUCCUUUUUGUUCUUUUUUUCUUGUUGGGAAUUGGAAUACCCCUGUUACCUAAGUUAAGUUUUUUGGAAAAUACAUGGAAACUUAUUGAAGAAUCUACAUUAUUGAAAGAAAUAUGUAAUAAUAUAAAAACAUUUAUGAAGGAAAAACAGCCCUAUCUUUAUUCAAUAUUAUUUAUAGUACUUAUGAUUAUGGUAUCCAUUAUGUUUUUAGUGGGGAUUUAUAAGAUUUUAAGAAAUAAUGAAAAAUAUAAUAAAAUUAAGUUGAUUGCUGAGUAA